GCACUUGAAACAAUGAACAGGUUUAAAAAUGUCACGGAAAGCAGAGAGAAAUCCAUAGAUCUUAUUCAAAAUGAAUCUUUAGACAAAGCUGUGCAGCAGAAUAGGUUGCAGAUAGCUUCUAUUGCCAAAUGUGUUCUUUUAUUUGCAAGACAAAAUAUUCCAUUCCGUGGUCAUAGAGAUGAUUCACAAUACUACGAUACAAGUAAUUGUGGCAAUUUUCAAGCACUUUUAGAUUUUCAUGUUGAAAGUGAUGAUAGGUUCUUGGCAGAGCAUUUUAAGACGGCUCCCCAAAAUGCAACAUUCAAAUCAAAGACUGUGCAAAGUGAACUUAUUUCUUGUAUUGCAGAAGUUGUGAACCACCAAAUAAUAAAGGAAAUCAAGGAAUGUGGUCCUUAUUCAAUUUUAGCAGAUGAAGUCACUGAUUGUUCUAAUCAGCAACAGAUGCCUUUGGUCCUACGUAAUGUUGAUGGGAAUGGAGAUAUGAAGGAACGAUUCAUGAAAUACAUAACUUGUGACACUGGAACAACUGGAGAUGCUCUGAAAACAAAAAUUUUGAAUUGCAUUACAAAUGAUUUGAAUUUGAAUAUUAUGGAUUGCAGGGGACAGUGUGAUGGCCACCCGCAUUUGAGACCCUCAAGCGCCACAGAUGUCUUCAGCCGCCUGUUGCCAGUUCUUCCAUCUGUUGCAGAUGAUGCUGACCAAGAAAGAAAUUACGCUGCAGCAGUUGCAAGAGCAGCGGCCCCAGUUGAGGAAGUGAUAGUUGGCAGGUCUGGUGGCCUGGGUAUGAACAGUAUCGGCCGGCCGAGGCCAAGAACUGUCUGCAUUCACUCGACUGCAAGGCCCUCAUUGCCAACUUGCAGAUGUUCCUCCUGGAGCCCACUCACGUCUAGCGGCUCCCGAAUGGGGACCUGGAAGUCACCUUCCCCACAGUAGCAGACAAGGACAGGUUCCUUGGCCUUGGUUUCGUGCCUCACCCACAUUGCCAUUGGCAACCAAGGCUCUAAAGAUCCACCCCUGGCGUGGUUAAGGGUUUUCAACAAGCCAGGAGAAAUACCACCGGAAGUGGUAGAGAGGAGGCUCAGUCGGUUCAGCCGGGUUCUGUUUGCCAGGGAGAAUACCCACCCUGGUACAAAUAAGUUGAAGGGGGUCAUGACUGUUAAAAUGACCAUGACCGGGCCCAUUUCAAGUUAUGUGCACCUGGGUCCUGCCUGUUUGCUUGUGCGACAUGAAGGGCAACCUGUGACAUGUCUAAAUGUGACAGCAGGACCCACCUUGCAGCAAACUGCUCCGCUAAAACAUGCUACAACUGUGGGUGUCGGCCAUAUUGAUGCUGACUGCCCCGAAAGCAGUUUAUGUCAGGGUUGUGGGUCGCCUGAUCACCAUCUUGCUCCGUGUGAUACCUCAUUCUUCCCAGACCCGAGCGGAACCGACCGCAGAUGCAGAGUCCAUUCCCAAGACACCAACGGAGACCACAAUGGCCUUUGACAUAUUUGGCAGCGAGGCUGGAAGCUCAGCCACAGAGGAUGAGGCAACUGCAGUUCAUGAGGAGACCAUGCAUGAUCCAGCUAGCGCCCUGGAACCCCUACCGACAGAAGAACUGCAGAACGACAAGGAGCAAACAAGCCUUGAAGAGCCACCCAGUAAACUCGAAGAGCCAUCCAGCGUCAGUACACCUGAAGAACUGUCCAGCAUCCACAAAGACGCCUAGACAACAAAGAACUGGUAUGAUACCCUGUCUUUUCAACAGGGUACCAACUCUUCUUCUAAAUUCUGUUCUCCUCUUUUUCCUUUCCCAAAACCCUCUGUCGAUGCUGGCGUCCCAGCAGCUUCAAAGAGGUCCUUCCAAGACGACAAUGUCUCUGACAUUUCCGCGGUGCUAGAUUCAAGCUAGAAAGGAAUUAGUCAUAUUUUUGCAGGAAACUUACAUCUCAGAGCCUGCAGACACUAUCUUUCUGAAAUCCAACUGGAAAGGAUCAACUUUUUUCCUCUUUUGGAGGAAAGCACAGCAGAUGUGUUACCACCCUCAUCAAGGAGUCCUUGAAAACCAACAAUCACAGUCACUCAUGACAACUGCGGCCGAUGGGUCAACCAUAUAUUAGACACAAAUGAUUCAAAGCUUCAGUUUUUGAAUAUCUAUGCCCCAUGCCCAAUAGGUGAAAGAACUGCCUUUUUUCAAACGCUGCCCCCACACAUCAGGGUUCCAACAAUCAUCGGAGGUGAUUUGAAUUGUCUAACUAAAUUAUAUCUUGAUAAACUAGGUGGUGACAGCCAAGCAAGUCCUACGGCCAUAAAAGCUCUAACUGACCUUCUAAGGGACUUUAACCUUAUUGAUAUCUUUGGCUCAAUGCAUCUGCCCGUAAGUUGGACUAAUUCGAAAGUUUCAUCUAGACUAGAUAAGUUUUAUGUUUCUUCUGAGAAUCUAGCUAAUACAAAACACUGUGAGAUAACAGUAUUUCUCUUUUCUGAUCACAAUGCCCCGUUUAUGUCCUUCAAAUUACCAAACUCGUCACCUAGAGGUAGAGGUACCUGGAAAUUCAACAACAGCCUCCUCAAAACUGAAUAAUUUACAUGUAAUAUGAAGCAUUUUUUGAAAUUUUGGGUUUCUCGCAAAAAAGACUUUACAGGCAAACUACAUAUUUGGUGGGGUAUAGGAAAAAAGAAAAUAAGAAACCGUAUUGAAAAACCUUAAGAAAAAAGCUAAGGAAAAGAGAGAAAAAUGGACAGCCCUGGCAGGCAAACUGCAAAAAGCCACAAUUUCAACUAAUAAAAGAGAAAAAGAAACUGUCCUCCUGAUUAGGAAAGAAAUUGAAGAAUUAGGGGAGAGUGGGGCUAGUUGUCACGGGGUAAGUUGUCACAGCCUCGUUUACAGAAGAAUGGCUAAAUUUUCGAGGCUGUCGCCACGACCUUUAAAGGUGGGCACCAUGAUGUGUUCAUUUGACAUGACAUUCAUUUCUUACUUAACCAUGCUGUUUCCAGUGCAAGCCUGUGAUCGUUUUUGUCGAGCCUGAAAACGAAUUUUGUUUUUUGGGAAAAAGCUCGCAAGAUGGUUCGCAAAUACCAGAGGAAAACUGAAAGAGCCAAAACACCUAAAGAAAACAUUGAAGCUGCUGUUCAGGCUGUCAAAUCGGGAAUGAGCAUUCGUAAAAGUGCAACAUUGAAUGAUGUUAAUUAUCGCACUUUAAUACGUUAUAUGAAAUUGAUGAAAGGAAAAGAAAGCUUAGCUGAUGUUCACCUUGGAUACAAACAAACAAGACGUGUUUUAAAUGAUACCUUGGAAGCUGACCUUGUUCAGUAUGUCCUGAAGGCAGCUGCAAUUUUUUAUGGCAUUACUAUGCCUGAGCUGAGGUCUUUGGCUUACAAGUUGGCUGUUCAAAAUGAAGUAAAGAAUAUUCCAGAAUCAUGGAUCCGUGAAGAGAUGGCUGGAAAGGACUGGAUUCGUUGCUUCUUGCAAAGGCAUCAAAAUAUUUCAGUAAGAAAGCCUGAAGCAACCUCAAUUCAAAGAAUGGCAAAUUUCAAUGAACAUAAUGUUGUAAUGUUUUUUGAUAAUUUAGAGAGAGUUCUUAACCGACCUGAGGGUUAUAGUGCUGGUCAGAUCUGGAAUCUGGA